GAGCGCAUGAGAGGCACGUACAGCUCCGCCGAUGCAGCGUUCACUGAGCUGGACUCAAACGGCGACGGGGUCUGCGACUUCGAGGAGUUCGUCGUCGGCGUGCUUGGGUUCCGGCCACCGCUCACGGGCCCUCAGGCCGCGUACUCGUUCAAG